AUGGUCAUUGGAGACUCCGUAUCCGUAACAAGGGCACAUACCACACUUGGACUGGUACGAUGGUGGCCACUGGAUGAGGACCAUUUUAACCACCUCCUGGGCUAUUCUGUCAAGGAGAUCAAAACACUGCUCUCAGCCACCCUCUACACUGCAGUAAGAGCCCCUUUCCGUCUCCCCAGACCUCACUGUACAGAAGCCCCCCCUGUACUCAAACCAGAACAUGAGCUUCCAGCCGAUCUUCAUGUCAAACUCAAGAAGCACCAUAUAAAGCACCUGAGGACUGCCUACUCUGUUGAAGACCACCAUUCUGUACCUCAGCUUGUUCAAGGGACCACCUCAAUAAUCUACACAAAGUCUCUCCACCAGAUUAUCCAGUAUUUCUAUUCCAACAUCCUGCAGACCAUCCCAGUACCACAGACCCCAUCUUCUGAUGUGUUCUAUCACAUCAUCCAUGAUCCAGACAACCCUAUCGAUCAUCCUGGUAUGGAGUACUUUGUGGAACCAGAUCUGCAUAAAAGUGGUUUCAUUGGAGCUCACCUCCGAAGGUGCAACCCUUCUGAGUUUCAUGUUGCAUUCCAACUCACUUUCCCACCUCCAGACCUCCAAUGGGAACCACCAAAAAUGCAGGGCAAAUACAAUCGGGACAGGAGACAGGGGGGGCAUAUUCAGUUCAAAGAUGGGGGCAAAGGAUGGAAGAGGUAUCCAUUUCACAUCUCUUGGUGGGAAUUCAUCAUAAAGUUUGACUGUACUGGUGGUAAUCAUAUCAGAAAGAAAAUUUGGGAGACAGUAUACUCCAAACUCGUUUGGGUGCCAUAUUCAGAUCUUUCACGAAUGUGGUCCACUACAGCCAACCCUUGGAGUUCAGACACUUUCCCUGCUGACAGGGCUGGAACAAGGCUCCCUGUGCUCAUUCUAAAUCCCUUGGUGGAUGACAAGGCUAUGUGGGAUGGGAAUUUGAUUAGGAGGGGGGUGUGGAAAUCUCCCAUCCUACAAGAUGAGGGCACAGAAGACUGA